UUGAUAUGAUCGUCGGCAUGCCAACAUAAAUACUACCGAAAGGUUGUUGUUGCUGAUGAUGGUGAGGAAUUUUGUCUAAUUUAUUAUCAAUUCCUUGUUAAAAUUAUGGAACCUCCUCAAAUAUAUGUUGAACGCACUUUAGCGAUUAUUAAGCCAGACGCUAUCGACUGUGCAGACGAAAUAGAAGAGAUAAUAUACCGUUCUGGAUUCACAGUUUUACAGAAAAGGAGAGCCCAUUUGACACCUGAACAAACCAGUGAUUUCUAUGCUGAGCAUUAUGGAAAGAUGUUCUUCCCAAGCCUUGUGGCAUACAUGAGCAGCGGGCCAAUCAUUGCAAUGGUGUUGGCCAAAGAAAAUGCUGUAAACUAUUGGAGAGAAUUGAUCGGACCAACCAACUGUUUCAGAGCCAGGGAAACACAUCCUGACAGUAUCAGAGCUUUGUAUGGUACAGAUGAUCAAAGGAAUGCAGUCCACGGUAGCGACCAGUAUGGAGCUGAAAGGGAAAUCAGAUUCAUGUUCCCAGAAAGCAUCGUAGAACCUAUCCCAUCAGGCCAAGCGGCAAAGGAUUACCUAGCAAAAUUGGUCAAUCCAACAUUGCUUCGUGGCUUAACUAAUCUGUGUAAACAAAAACCUGGCGAUCCAAUUACCUGGCUUGCUGAUUGGCUAAUACAGAAUAACCCAAACAAACCGUGCGUUAAUGAUAAAGUCGAAAUUGUUGAACCAUAGCCUCGCACUUCAUCACACUUGUAAAUAUUUCCAGUCUCAUUGGUUAAUGUACUUGGUAACAUUGGCAUCUGUGCAAAUUACAUAAGAAAAAUAACAACAGCAUACUGGACAUAAAUCAGUGCUCUCCAUCAAUUAAUAUAAGAGCCACAGUUUAUUCUAUUUUCUGUCAUUUAUUUAAUAACGGAAUUAUUUUUCUCUUUGAAUUGUAAAUAAAUUGGUAAAUAUAUAAGUUA